AUGGCCCGGGCCGGCGGGACAGCGGCGGGGCCGCGGCGCCGGGUGCUGGUGCUGAUGGUGCUGGUGGCAGCGGCGGGGCGGCGGGGCCGGGGAGCGGCGGGGGGGUCACGGCGGCGGACAGUGGGUACCCCGAGCUCCCCCGGACCCUCCGGGCCCCCCGCCCGCCCGCUUCUGCUGCUGCUGCCGCUGCCGCCGUCGCCGCUGCCGCCGCCGCCGCCACCCCGCGUCGCGCCCGCCGCCGCCGCCCGCCCGGAGGCUCUGCCCCGGGGGGGGCUGCCCAUGAAGGAGGAGCCGCUGACCGCCGGGCUGCCCUCGGUCCGCUGGCUGCAGGGCACCGGCAUCCUGGAUGCCAGCACGGCGGCACAGAGCGGGGUGGGCCUGGCCCGAGCCCACUUUGAGAAGCAGCCCCCCUCCAACCUGCGGAAAUCCAACUUCUUCCACUUCGUGCUGGCCAUGUACGACCGGCAGGGCCAGCCCGUGGAGAUCGAGCGCACCUCCUUCAUCGACUUCGUGGAGAAGGAGCGGGAGCAGAACGGAGAGAAAACCAACAAUGGCAUCCACUACCGGCUCCAGCUGCUCUACAGCAACGGGCUCCGGACUGAGCAGGACCUCUACGUCCGCCUCAUCGACUCCAUGUCCAAGCAGGCCAUCAUCUAUGAGGGGCAGGACAAGAACCCAGAGAUGUGCCGAGUCCUCCUCACCCACGAGAUCAUGUGCAGCCGCUGCUGUGACAAGAAGAGCUGCGGGAACCGCAACGAGACCCCCUCGGAUCCCGUCAUCAUCGACAGGUUUUUCCUCAAGUUCUUCCUCAAGUGCAACCAGAACUGCCUGAAGAAUGCAGGGAACCCCCGGGACAUGCGGCGCUUCCAGGUGGUGGUGUCGACGACAGUGAACGUGGACGGGCACGUCCUGGCAGUCUCUGACAAUAUGUUUGUCCACAACAACUCCAAGCACGGGCGGCGGGCACGGCGCCUCGACCCCUCCGAAGCAGCCACCCCCUGCAUCAAAGCCAUCAGCCCCAGCGAGGGCUGGACCACUGGUGGUGCCACUGUCAUUGUCAUCGGUGACAACUUCUUCGACGGGCUGCAAGUCGUCUUCGGCACCAUGCUGGUGUGGAGCGAGCUGAUCACACCUCAUGCCAUCCGGGUGCAGACCCCCCCGCGGCACAUCCCCGGCGUGGUGGAGGUGACAUUGUCCUACAAGUCCAAGCAGUUCUGCAAAGGUGCUCCCGGGCGCUUCGUCUACACCGCACUGAACGAGCCCACCAUUGACUAUGGCUUCCAGCGGCUGCAGAAGGUCAUCCCCCGGCACCCCGGGGACCCCGAGCGCCUGCCCAAGGAGGUCCUGCUGAAGCGUGCAGCUGAUCUGGUGGAGGCUCUUUAUGGGAUGCCACACAGCAACCAGGACCUGAUCCUGAAGCGGGCGGCAGACAUCGCCGAGGCUCUGUACAGUGUGCCCCGCACCCCGGGCCAGCUCUCCUCGCUGGGGGGCACCCACGGCCCCGCCGCCAUGAUGGGGGUGAACUCCUUUGGCACCCAGCUCGCCGUCAACAUCGGCGACUCCCCGCAGGGCGCCGAGCAAGGUUUCUCACGGAACACGGGCAGCGUCUCGCCAAGGGGCUACGUGCCCAGCUCCACGCCACAGCAGAGCGGCUACAGCGGGGCCGCUGGCAUCGGGGGCUAUGGCGGUGGCACCAUGGCUGGUCUGGGGGUGCCCGGCUCCCCCAGCUUCCUCAACGGCUCCACGGCCAACUCACCCUACGCCAUCGUGCCCGCCAGCCCCCCACUCGGCGCCUCCUCCAUCACCCUCCCGUCGGGCACCAACGCUUCCACCCCCACCGGGGUCUUCUCCUUCUCCCCGGUCAACAUGAUCUCGGCGGUGAAGCAGAAGAGCGCCUUCGCCCCCGUGGUGAGACCACAGCCCUCCCCACCGCCCGCCUGUGCCAGCACCAGUGCCAGCAGCCUGCAAGACCCGGCUUUCGAGGACUCAGACAAGUUCCACACGCCUGCGCGGCCGCUGCAGGGAUUGGCCUAUUCCUAA